GGAGAGAUCGCGAGGUGGGUUGCGAUUCCAUUCCUCAGCUUUGCCCUACCGCUCCUCUCUUUUCCUCUUUAAGCUGCAGAAAACAAAAUUCUUGAUCUGUUCUCGAAUCAAGCGAUCGGCCUUUUUUCCGCCUUGCUCCUUGUGUUUUAGGGACAGCUUUUGGGGAUAUCAUUUGCUUGCUCUCUUCGUUUUAGAUCUACUCAAAUAAUGAUUUCUUUUGAUUUGUUUCCUAGCGUCUCUUUUGCUCAUCUCUGGCCUAUAUUCUGUUGAAGAAUUCUCAUAUCACUAUUCUUUGGCGAAUAAUCAUGUUACCUUGCUUCUCUGAUCAUGCCAACCUUAUUUUCUGUUGGUGAAUGGUGCACCUACAUGUCCUAGAAUUUAGCAGCAGCAUUGAUCAGUAAAGAAAGCGGCGGAGAUGGUGGAUAGAACUCCUGCAGUUACUUUUGGAGAAGACCAAGAAAUUUCCAAGCCUACGACGGUUUAUAUAUGGGACAUGGAUGAGACUCUUAUACUGUUGAAGUCCUUGUUGGAUGGUACAUAUGCAGGGGUCUUUAACGGUAUGAAGGACACAAAGAAAGGUUUCGAGAUUGGGAAGCAUUGGGAGAAUCACAUUCUUCGAGUUUGUGAUGAAUUUUUCUUCUACGAAGUGAUUGAGAACUAUAAUGAACCAUAUCUCGAUGCUCUGAGUGAAUAUGAUGAUGGAAGAGAUUUGUCAAAUUAUGAUUUUAGCAAUGAUGGAUUUUCUUCUCCUUAUGAUGAUGCCAAUAAAAGGAAACUUGCAUAUCGACAUCGCUCUAUUGCGGAGAAGUAUUCUCAGGGUUUACACAAGGUACUUGACCAACAGAUGAUUAAACUCUGGAAUGAUCUGUACAGUUUAACUGAUAGCUAUACUGGUGGAUGGCUUUCUUCAGCACAUGCUCUAUUGGAACAGACUUUGGCUAAGACUAAGCCUUCAGCAAGUGAUCAUUCAUCAGAAAUGACACCUAGAUCCAUUAUUACCAAAGAUCAAAGCAUUAAUGUCCUAGUUACUUCGGGAUCCCUGGUUCCAAGUCUCGCCAAGUGUUUGCUUUAUCGAUUGGAUGAUGUAAUCUCGGCUAAUAAUGUCUACAGCUCAUGGGAAGUGGGGAAGCUUCAGUGCUUCUCAUGGAUCAAAGAACGGUUUGGUAGUCCUAAUGUCCGGUUCUGUGUGAUUGGGGAUGGAACAGAAGAAUGUGCCGCUGCAGAGACAAUGAGAUGGCCAUUUAUAAAAAUAGAUAUUCGACCCGCUAGCCCAUACCGGUUUCCAGGUCUAACCAUGGAAAUGGUCCAGAGUUAUAUUGAUGUGAUAUAUGGACCACAAGAUUCCAAAGAUGAGAAAAUGAAAGGGUAAAACAAUGCGACAUCCACACAACCAGUCCAAUCCUUAUCAAAUUGUAACCAGCUCUUCUGUUUUGCUUCUAAGGUCAUCUGAACUAAUGAAGCUCUUCUCUGCAAGAGGCGUGCCAUCUGAGUAGCUGGCUGAAGACCUUUUCGUAUCCAUGCUUUCAUGGCAGCUAUUGUAUUUAGCUCUUAGGCUCUGACUAACUGUAGUUAUUUGAUUACAGAAGCAAGGUGCAACUCUUCACAAACAAACAGAUUGGUUACUUGAUGUGUUGGUUUCCAUGGCCUUCAAAAUAUACCGUCCAGUUUAUCUG